CACACAAGUAGUAUAAACGGGCAAGUUUCCAUACUCAGAAUCUACUAUAAAAACAACUACCAUAUGUAGCUAUCAGCACUAACAACUCAAAUUUAGAAGAAAAUUGUGCAAGGAAAUAAGGGAGAGAGACAGAGAUGAUAAGUAUCAGCACAAUUGCCAUCAAGCUUUUGAUGCUACUAUCUUUUGGCAACAUUUGGAUUUCACGGGAUUUUGAUUUUUUUUACUUCGUACAACAGUGGCCAGGUUCAUUCUGUGACACAAAAAAAAGUUGCUGCUUUCCUCUAACAGGGAAACCAGUAUCAAACUUCAGCAUUCAUGGAUUGUGGCCUAAUUUCAGCAAUGGAUCAUUUCCAUCCAAUUGCAAUAUUGCUGAAAAUCCAUUUAACCAAUCUAAGAUCACUGACCUGAUUCCAAGAGCUGAAAAAGGCUGGGCAUCACUCUCUUGUGCAGGCAGCAAAAAGACAGAGAACAACAAAACAAGCAGUGAUAAUACAAGGUUCUGGAAACAUGAAUGGGACAAACAUGGCACUUGCUCUGACUUAAUCCUUGAUCAACAUGCAUAUUUUGAAGCUACUUUGAACCUCAAGGACCGUGUAGACCUCCUUCAAAUCCUUCAAUAUAAUGGAAUCAAACCAGAUGGAAACCUUUACAGCAUUGUCAACAUAACAAAAGCAAUAACACAAGCAAUUGGGUUAGAACCUGGCAUAACAUGCAACACUGAUCCAUCUGGUAAUCGCCAGCUUAAUGAGAUAUAUCUUUGUGCCGAUAAAUAUGCCUCCAGCUUCAUUGAAUGUCCAAUACUACCAAGUAGAAAAAGUUGUACAGACAUGGUGGAGUUUCCCAUCUUCUAGUUGUGUGUGUUGCACUUUACAAUAUCAUCGUGAUGUAGCAAAUUAAAUCACCCCAACUUAGCAAUUUGAACAUUAUUUGCUUUGUUAUCAAAUAUUGUAAUAUAUUGGUAAUAUUACAACUGAAUGUUGCCCAAUAAUGAGUAAUGUAUUCAAAUUUUCAUCAAUGGCAAUAAAGGGUUUGUUUGUGCUAUA